AUGGCCAAGUCAAAGGCAAAGAAAGACCCGCAGAAGGGGGCACACAGUCACUUGCGAGCACGGCUGGAUUAUCUUCAUAAAGCCGCUGCAUAUCUUCAGACCGCAAUUGCGACCCCCAGCAAUGAGAGCCUUCAUCGGAAUGCCAUCCAGACCAAACCUCCCGUGUUGGACUCCGGCCUUCUAGAGACAGCGUCUAUUAUGAAUCAAGAUAUCGCAGUGAACGUGAACAAGAAAGCGACCGAGGCCUCUAUACCGCGACAAUAUCUCUCUCACAUGCGCGGUGUGUCUUUGAAGUCACAGCUUCGUUUACCAUUAGACGUGAAAAGGUCAUUCUGCAAACGUUGCGAUCUACUUCUUGUACGAGGAAUUAAUUGUGUGCAUGAGCUGAGAAACGCAAGCAAGGGAGGCAAGAAGCCCUGGGCCGAUGUGUUGGUUGUUCGUUGCAAUGCAUGUCAGACCGAGAAGCGAUUCCCUCAGACGUCAAACCGUAAUAGGAAACUCACGGACCGCCGAAAAGAGACAGAACAGAAGGGAGACUGA